AAGCUUUACUCUUUCGUGACAGAACCAAAAACGGUAGCUUAACACAAUCUUUGUUAAGUUAACCAGAAAAAUGUAUCCUCUAGUACAUGAUCAUGAGAAACAAGCAGGUGAUCAACACCAUCCAGCUCCUUUCCCGGCUUCAGGACAUCCAAAUACUAGCCAUUCUCCACAGCCGUAUGCUCCUCCAUAUAUAGCCUCUGGUGUGCGAGCUCAUGCUGUUCCAGGGAAGUGGUCCACUGGUCUUUGCCAUUGUUGUGAUGAUCCUGCAAAUUGUUUGAUCACUUGCAUCUGCCCUUGCAUCACAUUUGGACAGAUUGCUGAUGUAGUUAGCAGAGGUUCUUCACGUAAGCCUAUUGAAAACAACUUACUUUCUGAUUAUUGUAAAGAGGAUGAAAGAAGGAAAAAUUGUUUUCCUUGAAUGAAUAAUCAUUGA